CGUUAGACAUAUUAUUGGCAGAUACACCACUAGAAAAUAUCACUAAAAGUACAUGAGAUAUUGUUUAGGUUUUUUUUAUUUUAUUUUAUGAGCACCAACCAGCCGUCAUAUGGGAAUUGUGUGAAACAAGAUUAUUUGUGAUUAAUAAGUGAUAUAUGUAUGUAAACGAUAUACGGAAUAACGCAAAAAAAUUCUUUAGCAAAAAUGUUAAAGACAAUAUUUCGAAAUCCUAUAAAAUUGUGAUGAGAACGGCAUCCUAAAUAUACAAAAAACUUCAACUGGAAUAAAAUUUACAAUUUCUGUUAAAAACUUACAAAGGCGAUAUUGUGUGGUGGCGUUGCGAGUGUGUUACAUGUGUUAAACGAUCACACUAAAAAUGGUUAUUUUAAGAACGUUUUUAAAAAAAAUUAUGAUAUGAAGGGACAUAGAAAUGAUGAAACCGAAAUCAAAAUAAAUAGUUAUAAUAAGCAAAUAACUCAAAAUCAUAAAAGACAAACAUCAUCUUCAGAGACUAAUAUGGCAAACACAAUUUCCAUAAUGUCCAACGCCAUACGCAACGCAGUGAGCAAACAACGUAUACGCUAUAAGGAGAAAGGAUUUAACUUGGAUCUAACCUAUAUUUGCUCUAAUAUUAUUGCGAUGGGAUAUCCUGCUCCGGAUAAAAUAGAAGGCAUUUGGAGAAAUCGCUAUGAGGACGUGUUAAAGUUUUUAGAUGAAAAUCACGGUGAUCAUUACAAAAUCUACAAUUUGUGCAAAGAACGCAAUUACGACAAAAGUAAAUUUCACGGGAGAGUUGCAAUUUAUCCGUUUGAAGAUCAUAAUCCUCCCACAAUUGAGUUAAUACAACGUUUUUGUCAUGAUAUUGAAUCUUGGCUAAAAGCUGAUUUGCUCAACGUUGUCGCCGUGCACUGCAAGGCAGGCAAAGGACGAACUGGUACCAUGAUAUGCGCAUACUUGGUUCAUUGUAGAUUCAAGAAAACCGCUGACGAAGCACUCGAUUGGUAUGGUGAAAAGCGUACGAAAGAUCGAAAGGGGGUUACAAUUCCAUCUCAACGUAGAUAUGUUCAGUAUUAUUCAAAGUUGAUCCCAGAUUUGCGGUAUAAAGUUACAAGUCUUUACGUCUGUGAAAUUCGAUUUGCGGACACGAAUUUUUUGCAUAAUCUUGGCCCAUUGCAAUGCUCGAUUUGGGACAUGCAGGACUCCGCAACAGAAAAAGCUAAGGCACAACAACUGAAGACGUGGCAACUUGAUUUCCAGCAAUCUUCUAACUUAGAUUUAAGUAGCUCACCACUUUUAGUUUCUGGUGAUAUUAAAGUGGAACUUGCAAAAAUAUCAUCGGAUAAGAUCAUUUGCCACGCCUGGAUGAAUACAUUCUUUGUGCAAAGUAGUUCUGAUUGUGAAACCGAUGGAACGAACGUCAAAUAUAUGUAUACUUUAAACAAGUCCGAAAUCGAUGGUGCCCAUAAGGACAAAGAUUACAAAUUUUCGGAGGGCUUUAAGAUCUCGAUUGUAUUUGAAGGAGAGAAACGUUCCGACUGCAUACAAACUGAACCCUCAGUGAAUAAUCGAAACAAUAAUCGAAACUCGGAUAAUUUGCCUGGUGACAAUGAUAGGAAUCUAAACAGUGAGGGUUCUGAUUUCAACUCUCCGUCCUCAAGUCGUUUCUUCGAACGUAAUAAUGGUCCAUUUCAUGCCAAUGAUGAGAGAAGUGCAACUCGAUCUCAACAAUUGGAGCAAAAUGGGAAACAACCUACAAAAAAUCAAUAUGAAAAAUCAACCAUCUCAAAAUGUUCUGCGAUGCCAUCGAAACGCAAACAGUCUUCAUCCAAAUCGUUCUUAGUAAGCGUUAAUAAUACCUCAUCAAGCAAGGACAUCAAAAAGCUGCAUAUUUUCAACCACCAACCGUCCGUUACACAAUCCUCCGGUUCAAUCAAGUGGCAAAACGAUUCCAAUAUUCAAAACAUGUAUGACAACUCCUCAGAUAAUAAUAGUCCACACAUAUUCGAUCGUUGCAAUAUUCCUAAGCCUACUACUACUACAUCUACUGCUGCUACAGCUAGAGCUGCAUCUGCAUCUGAUAAGAUCUUCGAACAAGAGUCAUACAUUACUUGUAAGCGAUUGCCGCAAGAUUUUAAUAACCAGGGUGGUAGUGAAGAAGGCAAUGAGGAUUGGGAAUCCGAUGCAUCGGAAUAUCUCUAAAGAAAUGUGAAGGAUCUACAAAAUAAUAAUUUAUAGUUGUCAAAAAUUGUACAUAGAAAUUACCUAGAACUUGAUAAGACUUAAUUAAGUACGUUUAAAUAUUGUAAAGAAAAUAUUUCUAUAUAUAGUUAUAUUACGACUUAUGUUCAGAUCAAGCAACAUUUGGAAGGCCAGUUUAAAAGGUGACUUUGAAACCAGCGAUCACAUCAUGAUCGUGUUAACUUGACGAAUGAAUCUCCAUACAUCCAGUUUUCAAAGCUGUAAAAAUUUCGAUAUAACGAAUAAAAAUGCUAUUUUUAAAUUGUU